GACUCCCUUCAGAUGAACGGAUAUACGUCACGCGACUUUAUUUCCGCUCUGUUCCGCUUCAGAUAUCACGUUCGGCUUAUCUCCGUUUUACAUUCGUGGGACAGUCGAAGAUACUCGAGUCUUUACGAGAUGUUAUCGAGUUAUUUCGAUUAUUUAUUUGAAGCAAAACCAAUUUUCAAAAUGGCGGCAAGUGUGCUGAGUUUGAAAAAAUGAUAUUAAGGAAAAAUAGCCAUUGUUUAUGUAGCCGUAAUGACUAGCUUGAAUAGAUAACAGCUGCAUUUGAAGCAGUAUGAGCUCAACCUUGCCAUGAGUCAACCUUUGCAGAAGCCAUCAUUUCUUGUCAUUGAUAGUGAUGAUGAUGAUAACUGGAUCAUAGAAUCUCCUAUUAGUACUACACAAACUUCGAAAAUAGCCAGUUUGACAAAGAAAAAGACAUCAGUUGAAACAGGAAGAUGUUCACAGCCAACAAAGGCUUCACAAGGAAAAACCAAUAAAUCUCUUAUCACUUCAUCAUUUCCUUCAUCAAAGAAUCAGAAAGGCUGGAUAUCCUCAUCCUUUGGUGGAUUUAAGGAAACAAGUUCAUCCAGUGCAGCGAUAUCAAAGAAAAAGAAGAUACUACAGAGUGAUGGAUCAUCAUCUGCCACAGGAAACAAUGGUCAGUAUAGUAAAAGUAGCAUUAAAAAUGAAGAACUUUGGAUUGACAAUUACAGACCAACAUCCGAGUCAGAACUUGCAGUCCACAAGAAGAAGGUAGAGGAAGUUCGUUCCUGGCUGUUAGAGAACUUAUGCACAAAGUCCAAUGGCAUUUUACUUCUUACUGGACCGGUUGGUGCUGGUAAAACUGCUACAAUACAUGCUCUGAGUACAGAACAGGGGUUCGAGAUACAGGAAUGGACUAAUCCCUUAAUACCAAGCAUACAAGAAGUUUCAGAUUUUAACACAAGCCAAUCCUUCACCCCCAAGUUUGUUUCAAUGCAAUCACAGCUUGUGUUAUUCCAGGAAUUCCUUCUACGAGCAAAUAAAUACCCAACAUUAUCAAUAUUUGGGUCUAGACAUCAACCAACACCAAAGAAAAUUAUCUUAAUUGAGGACUUACCAAAUAUAUUUUUCCAAGAUGCAAGAAAAUUUCAUGAUGUUUUGAUGAUGUAUAAGCAAACAGGUCGUAGUCCUAUAGUCUUGAUAAUAUCUGACAGUCAACAUGAAGAAUCCAAUGUGCAUCGGCUGUUACCUAAGAAUGUACAACAGAGUCUUGGAGUAGCUACAGUUAGCUUUAAUCCUGUGGCUCCUACCAGUCUUGUCAAAACCCUUAAUAGAAUACUCACUCUAGAAAGUAAGAAGGCUGGAAAAGACUUCUUCCUUCCGACCAAAGACACAAUCAAUGAGUUAUCUCAAAGCAGUGCUGGUGAUAUCAGGACUGCUAUCAAUGCUUUACAAUUCUGUUGUCAGAGAGGCAUUCAAGAUGUGAGUGAGAUACCUUUAUCUAAAUCUGCAAUAAAAUCAGGUCAUAAGCGCCAGAAAGAAUCCAAAGCACAAGAAAAGAAAAGAAAAAAGCCCAAGAUAAAGGAAUCCCAGUCCAGAAAGACUACUGGUGGGUUAUCAUACGGUAGAGAUGAGAAUCAAGAGGAACAUGAAACACUGGCUGCUAUCGGAGGAAAGGAUACAAGUAUAUUUUUGUUCAGAGCCUUAGGGAAAAUCCUCUAUUGCAAAAGAGAUGUUUCUGAAUCUGACCAGGAACUUCUACCAAAACACUUGUCUCACUUAGCAAGAAAUGUGCCACAGUUUUGUCCAGAGGAUGUCAUUGAACGAGCGCACUUGUCGAGUGAGAUGCUUAAUCUCUACCUUCACCAAAACUAUUUGGAUUUCUUUACUGAUGUAGAAGACGUGGUACGUGCGAGUGAAUAUCUUAGUGAUUCAAACAUGAUGUCAGUAGAAUGGAUGCAUCGUUCAUCACUGAUCCCCUACAUGUCGUCUAUUGCUACACGAGGCCUGAUGUUUUCUAACACACAUCGUGUUGGUUCGUCCUCGUCUGUUGGUGGUGCGUCGAAGGGUGGCUGGAGACCAUUACACAAACCACAAUGGUUUGAAGUCAACAAAAAGACUCGAGACAAUAAUCGAACUGCAAAAGAUCUAUUUCCAGAACAAACGUGCCCCACAGCAGUUCUCCACACCCAAAUCCUGCCUUACCUGGCUAUAACGGAUGUGACUCUAAAAACACCAGGUCAGAUCUCGUUCGUGAAUCAGAUGGGGCGUUACCAUAGAAACAAGUCAGCGUUCAGGUCAUCCUCCAGCACCCUGGACGAGAAGGACUGUGGUAGUGAUAUAGAGGACGCCGAGCCCACAGACUCGCAAACAAGCGCGUCCAACACCGUGCAAGAGUCAAAAGACAUGGAAUUAGAUGACGUCGAGAUACUGAACUCUGAAGAUAUAGUCAUCGAAGAUUUCGACGAUGAGUGGUAACCAUGACAGCAAUUUAUUAUGGAAACAAAGGAGCGCGACUCCAAACACAGAAUAGGGUAAGAUCUGAGGACCCAAUCAGCAGUAGUAACCAUACCAACGGUUGCCAUAGAAAUAAGUGUAAUUUAUUACGGAUUAUAUUUGUAAAAUACAUAUCGCCAUGAAGCAGGGAAGUGUGACUAAAAGAUACACAUCCUGUCAGUUUGUUGUAAGGUAUGAAUCGUUAUUACAAAUAAAAAAGGUCAACACGAUGA